AUGGCAGCAGGCAGCAAGCGCAGCGCCCCCACCGACCUCGACUCGCCCACCGAGCUGCGUGCCCCGAUCCGCCCGCGCCGCUCGGCUCCAGCACGCGCCGCCAACGACCCUCGCCCUCCCGCUGCGGGCACCUCGUCCAGCACUGGCGCCAGUGGUGCGCUCGCGUACCACAACGGCGAGCACGCCGCGUCGUCUCUCGAGAAGUGGGCCGUCAUCCUCGAGGGCCGGAUUCAGAGGGGAGAUGGCGAGGUCGUCAUGACGACGCAGGAGGCCCAGGAGCUGUGCAGCGACAUGAUGCGCACGGUCGAGAGCUUCCUCGAAGUGCCCGCCUCAAGGAGCGACGUGAUCAACCUCAUGGAUCAAGUUUCGCGCAUGUCCGAGUCGCUCUCGCACUCGACGGCUCGACCGGCGAUACCCCCCUUCGCUCCCAGCCCCGUCUUCUCCUCCACCAGCCGCGACUUCACCCCUCCUCGCCGGCCUCGCGCGGCGUUCGCCGACCUCCCGUUCGACAUCCUCCGUCUCAUCCUCCUUGAGCUGCGCGCUAUGGCGGCGUCCGAGGGCCCCGACGACGGCAGCUACUCGGCGCGACACGGUCUGUGGCUGUUCUGGCGGCUCCUCCCGCGCCUCGCCGCCCUGUCGACCUCGCUCAAGGAGGCGUGCACGUCCCUGUACCACGCCGAACUCGUCGUCAUCGACAUCAAGCAGAUCCCGGAGCGCGCCAAGUACUACGCCGACCGCCCGCGCCGCGCCGCCGCGCUCCAGACGAUGACGCUCCGCACGUUCGACUUUGAGUACGCCCUCGGUCGGUCGAGCGAGGACGCCGGCUUCUUGCUCCCCGACCUCAUCUCGGCGGCGCCCAACCUCAAGGAGCUCGUCCUGUCGGGCGAGCGCGAGAGCUCGUUCGGCUCGUCCGAGCGCUUCUCGCGCGCGCGCCGCUCGUCGUUCGAGACGCUCACGGGCGGCGUCAGCGUCCCGGCGACGAUCGUCACGUCGCUCGCGUCGAGCCUGCGCACGCUCGUGUACGGCGCGCCGUGCAGCCUCGCCGACGUCGUCUCGUUCGCGUGCGACUUGACGGCGCUCGAGCGCCUCGACGUCCUCGGCGAGGUCGACCACACGGCGCGCGGCAUGGCGUUCAAGACGGUCACGCGCUCGCUGCGCCGCCUGUGGCUCCCCAGCACGGCGCUCAGCGCCGCCGAGCUCGGCGCCCUCCUCGCCGCCGACGAGGUCCUCGACGACCCGACGGCCGAGCGCGACGUGCGCAUCGAGUCGCUCGCGUUCACGUUCGACCCGGAGCAGUUUUUCGCGCCGGUACCACCGCCGCCGCACGUCGUCGACGAGGAGAUCGGGUUCCUCGUCAGCCUGUUCGGCGUCAUCGGCGGCGACCUGCGCGAGCUCGCCGUCUCGACGCCGGUCGCCGACGCGCCUGAUGGCGGGCUCGGCCGCAUCCGCAUCGGCGGCGGCGGGGGCGGUGGACCCGGCGGCGGCGGGGGCUGGAUGCAGCAGGGCCAGGGCCUCGUCGUCAUUCUCGGCGGUGGUCCGGCCGGAGGCGGUGCGCCGGGCGCGGCGGGCAGCGUCGCGCCCGCGCAAGUGCCCGUCGGCGCCGGCGCCGGCCCCGCUCGCGUCGUCCCGCCCGCUCAGGCCCCGGCGCCGCCGCCCGCCGCCGCCGCCGCACCUGCGCGCGCCCGCGCCCCACGCGUCGCCCCUCCCGUUCCUCCGCCCAACGCCGCCGUCGGCAACCCGCCGGGCUUCAACCUGUUGAACCCGCUCACCUGGCUCGGCGGCGGUCCGGGCGCGCUCGGCGGCGCAGGUAACCCGGCGCCUCCUCCGGUCGACCCGUUCUUCGAGUCGCUCCUGCAGCACACGCCCGACCUCGAGCAUGUCGAGCUGUACGGGCGGCGCUACACGUCCGGCGUCGUCAACCGGCUCGUCGAGCUGCCGCUCCGCCACUUGAGCCUGUCGGUGCCGGACGAGGACCAGCAGCAGGCGGUCGUCGAUCGGGUGCUCGAGGCGCUCGUCAACGGCGAGUGGAAGGGUCUGCGUCGGAUCGAGCUCUCGGGUCGCGGCGGCGAGUGGGAGCCGUCGCAGCGUCGCGCGGUCAAGGUCGAGGCCGAGAAGCGGAAGCGCGUCGUGUACAAGUCGACCGACGUGCGGCCGUGA